GCCACAAUCGCCCACACACAAAUACUCCCCCACCAACCUCCUCCUCCGCCGCCGCCGCCGCCGCCUCCCCUCUCGCCUCGCCGCGCUUAAACCCUCGCCGCCUUCCCGCUCCGAACGCCCCUCCCUUCGCCGCCGCCCCCGACCAUGGCGCACGCCCUCGGCUGCGGCGCCGCCACCGCCCCCGCCGGGGUGGGUCUCCUCCACCACCACGAGAAGGCUGGGGCGUUGUUCAGUGCCGCAGGCUCCAUCGUUCGGGUUCAGCAGCUCAGCGGGAAGGGGAGCAAAAGCCAAGCUAUAAGAUGUGCAAUGCCAAGUGCAAGUGAGCAUGGUGGAAUUUCAACCGCAACAGCUAGUAGUAGUGAUCAAAAGAAAGGUGGACUGCGUGGCAAACUGAAUAAAGUUGUUCUAGCUUACAGUGGUGGUUUGGAUACAUCAGUUAUUGUUCCAUGGCUCCGGGAGAACUAUGGUUGUGAAGUUGUCUGUUUCACUGCUGAUGUUGGCCAGGGUGACAUUGAAUUGGAAGGGCUAGAGAAGAAGGCAAAAGCUAGUGGUGCAAGCCAGCUUGUUGUGAAGGACUUGAAAGAAGAGUUCGUUAGUGAAUACAUUUACCCCUGCUUGCGUGCUGGUGCAGUUUAUGAAAGAAAGUAUCUGCUGGGGACUUCAAUGGCUAGGCCUGUUAUUGCCAAGGCAAUGGUUGAUGUUGCAAAGGAAGUUGGUGCAGAUGCAGUUGCUCAUGGAUGCACUGGAAAAGGCAAUGAUCAGGUUCGUUUUGAGCUUACAUUCUAUGCUUUAAACCCUGAGCUUAAAGUGGUGGCACCUUGGAGGGAGUGGGAUAUCACAGGACGUGAAGAUGCUAUUGAGUAUGCAAAGAAACACAAUGUGCCAAUUCCUGUUACAAAGAAAUCAAUAUACAGCCGUGAUCGAAAUUUGUGGCACCUUAGCCAUGAGGGUGACAUUUUGGAAGAUCCAGCAAAUGAGCCAAAGGAAGAUAUGUAUAUGAUGUCAGUUGCACCAGAAAAUGCACCUUCAAAACCUGAGUAUUUGGAGAUUGGUAUUAUUGCAGGUGUUCCUGUUUCCAUCAAUGGAAAAGAUCUCUCACCAGCAUCUCUCCUUGCCAAGCUCAAUGAAAUCGGUGGAAAGCAUGGUAUUGGGCGCAUUGAUAUGGUGGAAAACCGCCUCGUAGGCAUGAAGUCCCGUGGUGUAUACGAGACCCCCGGUGGCACCAUCAUGGCAGCUGCUGUCCGUGAGCUCGAGUCCUUGACUUUGGACAGGGAGACAAUGCAGUGGAAGGACAUGCUUGCCCUCAAGUACGCCGAGCUGGUCUACGCUGGCCGUUGGUUCGACCCGCUCCGACAAUCCAUUGAUGCGUUCAUGGAGAACAUUACCGCGACAACAACCGGCUCCGUGACUCUCAAGCUGUACAAGGGCUCCGUAAACGUCGCGUCCCGGAAGAGCCCAUACAGCCUGUACAGGGAAGACAUCUCCUCAUUUGAGAAUGGGGAGAUCUACAACCAGGCUGAUGCUGAAGGGUUCAUCAGGCUAUAUGGUCUCCCUACCAGAGUCCGGGCAAUGCUGGAGAAGGGCAUCUAAGCCCCUGUUUUCUGCUUAAAAUGUACUUCUGUGCUUUGGAGAAAAUGUAGCACCACCUCAUGCAGUGUUGCCUGCAGGUAGGCACUGAAUACUUUCCGAGUUGUAUUAGCGUUCGAAAGCUUAACUGCCAUCUCAAUUCGAUUACAACUUUCGUGAAGUGUUGCAUGAUCAUGUAAUGAAUAAUGGGGUUGUACCUGAUUUUGACUUGGUUGUCUAAAUUGCAAUAAGAUUGUCUCAUGUGGUGCCGUCGUUGUGUUA